CUCCUCCUCCCUCCCUUCCUCCUCCUCCUUCUCCUCCUCCUCCCCCCGCCGCUUCGACACCGCCGCGGCUCGGGCUGGAGGCGCCGCUGUCAUUCCUGCGCCGGAGGAGCCGGCGCUUGCCGGUGCCCGGGGGUCGGGGCGCGGGGGAACCCGGGCCGCUAGGGUGGCCCAACAGGUAGAGCCCGGGCCACGGCCGGUCACGAGCCCCCCGCGCACAUCAUGCAGCUCUUUGUCACCUCUCUCGCCCCCAGGCCAAAAUCCUGAGCAUGAUGGAAGACAAUAAGCAGCUUGCGCUCCGCAUCGAUGGGGCGGUCCAGUCGGCCAGCCAGGAGGUGACCAACCUGAGAGCCGAGCUCACGGCCACCAACCGGAGACUGGCGGAAUUGAGCGGCGGAGGCGGCGGCCCCGGCUCGGGCCCGGGAGCUGCGACCAGCGCCUCGGCAGCAACGGUGACGGCGGCUGACUCGGCGGUGGCGACCAUGGAGAACCAUCAGCACAGCGCUCAAGUGCUCCUGCGGGAAGAAGUGGUCCAGCUUCAGGAGGAAGUGCACCUUCUCCGGCAGAUGAAGGAGAUGCUGGCCAAGGACCUGGAGGAGUCACAGGGCGGCAAGUGCUCUGAGGUCCUCUCAGCCACAGAGCUUCGGGUGCAGUUGGUGCAAAAGGAGCAGGAACUGGCCAGAGCCAAAGAAGCCUUGCAAGCCAUGAAAGCCGACCGGAAGCGCUUAAAGGGAGAGAAGACGGACUUGGUAAGCCAAAUGCAGCAGCUGUACGCCACUCUGGAGAGCCGAGAGGAGCAGCUGCGAGACUUCAUCCGCAAUUACGAGCAGCACCGUAAGGAGAGCGAAGACGCCGUCAAAGCACUGGCCAAGGAGAAGGACCUACUGGAACGGGAGAAGUGGGAGCUUCGGCGGCAGGCCAAGGAGGCCACGGACCACGCCGCCGCUCUGCGCUCCCAGCUGGACCUCAAGGACAACCGCAUGAAGGAGCUGGAGGCCGAGCUAGCCAUGGCCAAGCAGUCCUUAGCCACACUGACCAAGGAUGUUCCCAAGCGGCAUUCACUGGCCAUGCCUGGCGAGACGGUGCUCAAUGGUAACCAGGAGUGGGUGGUUCAGGCUGACCUCCCGUUGACUGCCGCCAUCCGUCAGAGCCAGCAGACGCUCUACCACUCCCACCCUCCCCACCCUGCAGACCGGCAAGCGGUCAGGGUGAGCCCCUGCCACUCAAGGCAGCCUUCCGUCAUCUCCGAUGCAUCUGCUGCUGAAGGUGACCGGUCAUCGACACCGAGCGACAUCAACUCCCCACGACACCGGACACACUCCCUCUGCAACGGCGACAGUCCCGGCCCAGUUCAGAAGAGCCUGCACAGUCCUAUUGUACAGUCACUAGAGGAUCUUGAAGACCAAAAACGGAAAAAGAAGAAAGAGAAGAUGGGAUUCGGCUCCAUCUCUCGAGUCUUCGCCAGAGGGAAGCAGCGGAAGUCCCUCGACCCGGGCCUCUUUGAUGACUCCGACAGCCAGUGCAGCCCCACACGGCACAGCCUCAGCCUGUCUGAGGGAGAGGAGCAGAUGGACCGUCUACAGCAUGUGGAGCUGGUGAGGACCACGCCUAUGUCCCACUGGAAGGCUGGCACAGUGCAGGCCUGGCUGGAGGUGGUGAUGGCCAUGCCCAUGUACGUCAAGGCCUGUGCAGAGAAUGUCAAGAGCGGGAAGCAGGUGCUGCUCAGCCUGAGUGAUGAGGACCUGGAGCUGGGCCUGGGCGUGUGCAGCUCCCUGCACAGACGGAAGCUCCGCUUGGCAAUCGAGGACUACCGUGACGCCGAAGCUGGCCGCAGCCUGUCCAAAGCCGCCGACCUGGACCAUCACUGGGUGGCCAAGGCUUGGCUGAACGACAUCGGCCUGUCCCAGUAUUCCCAGGCCUUCCAGAACCACCUGGUCGAUGGGAGGAUGCUGAACUCCCUGAUGAAGCGGGACCUAGAGAAGCAUCUGAACGUCUCCAAGAAGUUCCACCAAGUCAGCAUCUUGCUGGGGAUCGAGCUGCUGUACCAAGUGAACUUCAGCAGGGAGGUCCUCCAGGAGCGCCGAGCCCGCUGUGAAACACAGAACACAGACCCUGUGGUCUGGACCAACCAGCGGGUGCUCAAGUGGGUGCGCGAUAUCGACCUGAAGGAGUAUGCGGACAACCUGACCAACAGCGGUGUCCAUGGUGCUGUGCUGGUACUGGAGCCCACCUUCAACGCCGAGGCCAUGGCCACCGCCCUAGGCAUCCCCAGCGGGAAGCACAUCCUCCGAAGACACUUGGCAGAGGAGAUGAGCACCAUCUUCCACCCAGCCAACUCCACAGGCAUCCGGGAGUCUGAGCGCUUUGGGACACCCCCUGGCAGGGCCUCCAGCGUCACCAGAGCUGGGAAAGAGGACAGCAGCAGCAAGUCCAGAGCUGGCCGGCUGCCCCUGGGGAAGAUAGGAAGGGGCUUCAGCAGCAAAGAACCUGAUUUUCACGAUGACUAUGGCUCUCUCGAGAAUGAGGACUGUGGGGAUGAUGAUCUCCAAGGCAGGCCUGAACAGUGUCGCUUGGAGGGAUACAACAGCCUGGAGGUCACCAACGUGUAAGAAAGCCGUGUGACUCAGCUCUGGAAGAACAAAGGGAAGAAUAUCCCAAAGGCUCAGUGCUGCUCAUCCCCAACUGUACAGAGAGACCUGGGGCUGAGGGCAGAUGUAGGGCCAGGACAGGAUUCCCAGAAACAGCCACCAUUUCCAAUGGGCACCAAGGACAGAGAAUGCCCACCUAGGUGUCUUGUAUCUCUGAAGACAGGCCCUGAGGACACAUCACCCAGCCAUGACCCAGCAGGUGGCCCCAGCACUGUGGUUCAAGGAACUGGCCUAGUACUCCUGGCACUUUACACUGAACUUCCAAGAAGGGGAGGAGGAGUGUCAGUCUCUAGGCCUGGAACACCCUGCUGAGAGGAGCAGGGAACCCUCCAAGCCAGCCUUGGCAGAGCCAAGGGUAUUGAGAACCAGUUACAAAACCAGCCGUCAGUGGCCAGGUGGUGAAUGCCACCCUUCAGCCCACUGGGCAGAGGAUGUAAACUCUGACCUGGAUGUAAACUCACUCUGGAAGGAUGCAAAAUAGCAUGGGCGUUCCUUCCACUUUAAGAACACUACAUGAUGAGGUGGACAUGUUGGGAGGAGAGGAGAUUUCUGCAGGGCAGAGGGGGCUGGCGGCAGCAGCCCCAAAGGAUUCGGACAUCCUGUCACCAGAAUGAAUGUGACUUCAAGAGAGUGUGUGUGUGUGUGUGUGUGUGUGGUGAUGCGGAUUACUGAGCUCUGUCCCAAACAGCCAUUCCAAGCAUGGGCACAAAAUGGCAGAGUGCCUAUCAUUAACACAACAAACCUCUGUCGUGAUGUCACCUGAGACAGGUGUGGUUGCCCAUGACCUAACAGAGGUGCAAAUCUCUGGGUCGCUGCAUUGUCCAAGUAAGGAGCUCCCCGGCCCUUUCUUGAUCGGCCACUAUUUUGCAGUGUGGCUUCCUCCCUGUCGCCUCCCCUCUCAGUGCCUCAGUGUCUUACCUUUAAUACUUCCGGUUCCUCCCAGGGAAGCUGUGAGAAUUAACUAACAUUCGCUAACCUUGGUCCCAGGCUUUGACCCUCUCAGGAAACAACCGGAAGGGAGGGGAUGGGAGGAGUGAGCCUAGUAACUUUCCACAACAUUUGCAGACACUGGACAAGUUGGCUCUGUCAAUAGGCAAGGGGGGAGCAGAAUGUUUAGUACUGAGAGUUUCCCAAGCCCCCAGCAAGGUCUGGAAGAGCCACCACCACAGCCUGCAUCCUGCUGGAUCAGCACCCAGGCCCACGCUGACUGAGCAGAGACUUUGCUUACUGACACUAGA